UCGUGAACACUACUCACGAAUCUCGCACAGCAAACAUGGAGGCGUACAGUAAAGCGGAAACGUUUCUCAAAUAUCCAUUUGAUAUCGACCAUGGCGUUAGUGCGGUGUCGAAGUGGACACCUCAAGAACGCAAUAUAAUGAAGAUUGAUAAUGAUGGCUUCAUACAUAAAAAGAAGGACGUCAACAGCUGUGACGAAAUCUUGGACAACUGUGUGCCAACCCUUCACACUAACAGUGCUUACAAGAACAUCAUCCGUAAUUUUCCGCCACCAGAGACAGGGGUGUCUGUUAGUGACAAUCUUCGUAACUUGACCAUUGGUCAAAUCUUGGACGCACGGGAAAAUGACAGUCUGGAGGAUCGUGAGUCGAAGGCAUGUGACGUCAUGGUGCUUGAUCAUGGACUUGACAUGGCUUUCCGUCGUCAGAAUGACAGAAAGAUCCGCCCAUACCUCAUAAAAACUAAUCUGGGUGACGUCAUUGCUCCAGAGUCAGAUGAUCGAAUCCAAUUGGCUGAAGUGAACUAUGACGUAAACCAGUACCAGGACCUUGACCUAUCACCUCACCUUAACUUGUACGAUCCAAGAAUGCCGAGGGUUGGCCAUCAUCAGGUCAAAGGUUAUUACUUGAUGAAUCUUUCAGGUCGUUAGCCGUACGUAACUUCCGGAACCUCAACUCGCCAUUUCCGGAAAGCAUCCAGCUUCUUACGGAUAUUCAUCUAAAUAUUUGAGCCAAAUUGAGCAGUUUGAUGUACAUAUUUGUUAACAUAAAGCACAAUUUCUUAUUGUA